AUGGGUGUCGGCCGGAGGAAGCUGGCCCCGCUCUGGGCCCUGGCCCUGGCGCUCACUCUGGCCUGUGCCCAGAACACAGGCUAGACCCGGGACGGCUCAGCAGAGCUCGGCUAUGGGUACCCGGACCUGCCUCCUGCCCCCCAGGGGCCUGGCAGCAGCUCCCUCCGUGGGGUGGCCAUCCACCCGCCUCCGAGGACCGCCCCCGUGGUGCGAGCCCUGAACGUGGCCCACGCCGGGCGCGUGUGCAGCACCUGGGGUGACUUCCACUACAAGACCUUCGACGGCGACAUCUUCCGCUUCUCCGGGCUGUGCAACUACGUCUUCUCCGUGCACUGCGGCGCAGCCUACGAGGACUUCAACGUCCAGCUCCGCCGCGGCCCAGGCCCCAACGCCACCGCACCCAGCAGGGUCACCAUGAAGCUGGACGGCAUGGUUGUUGAGCUGACCAAGAGCUCCGUCCUGGUCAACUGCCGCCUGAUUCAGCUGCCCUUCAGCCAGUCCGGGGUCCUCAUUGAGCAGAGCAGCGGCUACGUGAAGGUGGCAGCCAGGCUAGGCCUGGUCUUCAUGUGGCACGAGGACGACAGCCUCCUGCUGGAGCUGGACGCCAAGUACGCCAACCAGACCUGCGGGCUCUGCGGAGACUUCAACGGGGUGCCCGUCUUCAAUGAGUUCUUCUCGCACAAUGUCAAGCUGACCCCCACCGAGUUUGGGAACCUGCAGAAGAUGGACGGUCCCACGGAGCACUGUCAGGACCCUGUCCCUGAGGCCCCCAUGGACUGCUUGACCGACUUUGGUGUCUGCGAGAAGCUCCUGGGCAGCGAGCUGUUCUCGGGCUGCGCUGACCUGGUGGACGCCAGCAGCUACCUGGAGCCCUGUCGGCACGACCUCUGCCACUGCGACCAGGCCAACCUCACCAGCUGCCUCUGCCACACCCUCGCCGAGUACUCCCGCCAGUGCACACACGCCGGGGGGCUGCCCCUGGACUGGCGGGGCCCCGAGCUCUGCCCCCAGACGUGCCCCCUCAACAUGCAGUACCGGGAGUGCGGCUCACCCUGUGCAGACACCUGCUCCAACCCGGAGCGCUCCCAGCUGUGCGAGGACCACUGCGUCGCCGGCUGCUUCUGCCCCAAGGGGACGGUGUUGGAUGACAUCGGCCACACUGGCUGCGUCUCGGUGCCCCAGUGCUCCUGUGUGUACAACGGGGCCACCUACACUCCCGGGACUGGCUACUCCACAGACUGUACCAACUGCACCUGCUCGGGAGGCCUCUGGAGCUGCCAGGAGGUGCCGUGCCCAGGCACCUGCUCGGUGCUGGGCGGCGCCCACUUCUCCACGUUCGACGAGAAGCAGUACAUGGUGCAUGGGGACUGCAGCUACGUGCUGGCCAAGCCCUGUAACAGCAGUGCCUUCACCGUGCUGGCCGAGCUGCGCAGGUGCGGACUGACCGACAGCGAGACCUGCCUGAAGAGCCUGACGCUGAGCCUGGACGGGGGGCAGACGGUCGUCGUGGUCAGGGCCAGCGGGGAGGUGUUUGUGAACCAGAUCUACACCCAGCUGCCCCUCUCGGCAGCCAACGUCACGCUCUUCAGACCCUCCACCUUUUUCAUCAUCGCCCAGACGCAGCUGGGCCUGCAGCUGGACAUCCAGCUCAUGCCCAUCAUGCAGGUGUUUCUGAGGCUGGCACCCCAGCUCCGGGGGCGGACCUGCGGCCUGUGCGGGAACUUCAACCAGAACCAGGCCGACGACUUCCGGACCAUCAGCGGUGUGGUGGAGGGCACGGCCGCCGCCUUCGCCAACACCUGGAAGACCCAGGCCGCCUGCCCCAACGUCAAGAACAGCUUCGAGGACCCCUGCUCCCUCAGCGUGGAGAACGAGAAGUACGCUCAGCACUGGUGCUCGCGGCUGACCGACGCCCACGGCUCCUUCUCCCAGUGCCAUGCCGCCGUGAACCCCAGCACCUACUACUCGAACUGCCUGUUCGACACGUGCAACUGCGAGAAGAGCGAGGACUGCAUGUGUGCAGCCCUGUCCUCCUAUGUGCGCGCCUGCGCCGCCAGGGGUGUGCUGCUCAGCGGCUGGCGGGACGGCGUGUGCGCCAAGCCCAUGGCCACCUGCCCCAAGUCGCUGACCUACCGCUACAACAUCAGCACCUGCCAGCCCACCUGCCGGGCCCGGAGUGACGAGGACGUCACCUGCAGCAUCAGCUUUGUCCCCGUGGACGGCUGCACCUGCCCCGACGGCACCUUCCUGGACGACACGGGCAAGUGUGUGUCAGCCGCCAGCUGCCCCUGCUACCACAGGGGCUCCGUGGUCCCCAAUGGGGAGUCACUGCACGAGAGUGGGACCAUCUGCACCUGCACUCAGGGCACGCUGACCUGCAUCGGAGGCUACACCCCUGCUCCAGUCUGUGCCCCACCCAUGAUCUACGUUGAGUGCCGCAACGCCACGCCCGGGGCCGCCGGGGCCGGCUGUCAGAAGAGCUGCCACACCCUGGACAUGGACUGUUACAGCUCCCAGUGCAUGCCCGGCUGUGUGUGUCCCAAUGGGCUGGUGGCCAGUGGUGACGGUGGCUGCAUCCCUGUGUCCGACUGCCCCUGUGUGCACAAUGAGGCCAGCUACCAGCCGGGCCAGACCAUCCGGGUGGGCUGCAACACCUGCACCUGUCAGAGCAGGGUGUGGCAGUGCACGGACCAGCCCUGCCUGGCCACCUGCGCGGUGUACGGCGACGGCCACUACCUCACCUUCGACGGGCAGCGCUACAGCUUCAGCGGGGACUGUGAGUACACGCUGCUUCAGGAGCACUGCGGCGGGAAUGGCAGCUCCCAGGACGGCUUCCGUGUCGUCACCCAGAACGUUCCCUGCGGCACCACAGGGACCACCUGCUCCAAGGCCAUCAAGAUCUUCCUGGGGAGCUACGCGCUGAAGCUGAGUGACGGGAACGUGGAGGUAAUCGAGAAGGAGCAGGGGCAGCUGCCGCCCUACUCCAUCCGCCAGAUGGGCAUCUACCUGGUGGUGGACACGGAUGCCGGCCUGGUGCUGCUGUGGGACAAGGGUACCAGCAUCUUCCUCAGACUCAGCCCCGCGUUCAAGGGGAGGGUCUGCGGGCUGUGCGGGAACUUCGACGACAACGGCCUCAACGACUUCACCACACGGAGCCAGUCGGUGGUGGGCGACGUGCUGGAGUUCGGCAACAGCUGGAAGUUCUCCCCGUCCUGCCCGGACGCCCAGGCCCCCAAGGACCCCUGCACCGCCAACCCGUACCGCAAGUCCUGGGCCCAGAAGCAGUGCAGCCUCAUCCACGGCGCCGCCUUCGGUGCCUGCCACACCCACGUGGAGCCGGCCAGGUACUACGAGGCCUGCGUGAGCGACGCGUGCGCCUGCGACGCGGGGGGCGACUGUGAGUGUUUCUGCACGGCCGUGGCCGCCUACGCCCAGGCCUGCCACGAAGUGGGCGUGUGCGUGUCCUGGCGGACCCCGGACGUCUGCCCCCUGUUCUGCGACUACUACAACCCCCAGGGCCAGUGCGAGUGGCACUACCAGCCCUGUGGGGCCCCCUGCCUGAGGACCUGCCGGAACCCCCGCGGCCAGUGCCUGCACGAUGUCCGCGGUCUGGAAGGCUGCUACCCCACGUGCCCAUCAGAGGCCCCUAUCUUCGACGAGGACCAGAUGCAAUGUGUGGCCUCAUGCCCAACCCCCACCCCACCGCCACCCUGUCGCGUCCAGGGCAAGUCCUACCGGCCAGGCUCUGCGGUGCCCUCGGACAAGAACUGCCUCUCCUGCAUUUGCACCGAGAGCGGCGUGCAGUGCACCUACGAUGCUGAGGCCUGUGUCUGCAUCUACGAUGGGAGGCGCUUCCGUCCCGGGGAGGUCAUCUACCACACGACAGAUGGCACAGGAGGCUGCAUCUCCGCCCGCUGUGGCACCAACGGCACCAUUGAGAGGAGGGUUGAUGCCUGCAGCCACACCCCCUCCACCCCCCAAACCACCUUCUCCUUCUCUACCCCCCCGCUCGUCGUGAGCUCGACGCUUCCUCCCGGCACGCACCCCAGCCCUUCUGAAAGAUCAGCACACACUCCGAGCACAGCCCUGGCCACCACCCCGGGCACAUCCCCCGGACCGACGCCUCCCACAGCCUCUGUCUCGCCCUCAACUCCGGUCCCCUGUGGGGAGGAGUGCCAGUGGUCGCUGUGGCUGGACGUCAGCCGUCCGGGACAGGGCAGAGACAGCGGUGACUUCGACACGUUGGAGAACCUCCGUGCCCACGGGUACCAGAUUUGCCAAGUGCCGAGGGCUGUAGAGUGCCGAGCUGAGCGUGCCCCCGACGUGCCGCUCGCAGUCUUGGGGCCGCACGUGGAGUGCAGCCCAACGGUGGGGCUGAUCUGUUACAACAGGAACCAGACCUCUGGGCACUGUGACAACUACCAGAUCAGGGUCCUGUGCUGCUCCCCCCGGGCCUGCGUCUCUAGCACCCCUCCUACAACCUUCAGCACAACUGAAACAGAGCCCAUGACAGGAACCCGCGGGGGUACAUCUCAAAAUACCUGUCCCAGGUACCUCUACACCUGUCCCAGGUACUACUAUACCUGCCCCAGGCACCUCGACAUCUGUCCCAGGUACAUCUACACCUGUCCCAGGUACCUCUAUAUCUGCCUGGGGUACCACUCCUUCUGCCCCGGGCACCUCUACACCUGCCCCAGGCACCUCUACACCUGCCCAAGGUACCUCUACAUCUGCCCCAGGUACCUCUACACCUGUCCCAGGCAUCUCUACACCUGCCCAAGGCACAUCUACAUCUGUCCCAGGUACCUCUACACCUGUCCCAGGUACCACUAUAUCUGCCUCAGGUACCACUCCUUCUGCCCCAGGCACCUCUACACCUGCCCAAGGUACCUCUACAUCUGUCCCAGCCAAGCGCCAGUUUCAACCACAGUUUCAACCACAACCUCUGUGUGGACCACAACCCUGGUGCCCACGGAGGUAACCUCAUCUGAGCCUAUCCCAGUCACCUGUUUACAAGAAUCAUGCACCUGGACUAAGUGGAUUGAUGGCAGCUACCCCGGGUCAGGAAGAAACAGUGGAGAUUUUGACACUUUUCAGAAUCUGAGAUCCAAAGGAUAUAAAUUCUGUGCAAACCCCAAGAAUGUGGAGUGCCGGGCUGAGUGGUUCCCCAACACCCCACUGCAGGCUCUGGGGCAAGACUUGAUCUGUGACAAAAAUGUGGGGCUGAUUUGCUGGAACAAGAAUCAGCAGCCCCCCAUCUGCUACAACUAUGAAAUCAGGAUCCUGUGCUGUGAGAUGAAGGACCAUUCUCCUACAACAAGCACAACCCCAGUUCGUACAACCUGUACAACCCCAGCUCCUACAACCAGCACAACCUCAGCUUCUACAACCAGCACAUCCUCAGCUCCUACAACCAGUGCAACCUCAGCUCCUACAACUGGCACCCCCACGUGCUACUGCAGUGUGGCCCACAGGCUCUACCGUGCAGGAUCUAUCAUUUACCAGGAGACCGACCUCUCCGGCCACUGCUAUUACUCCAUUUGCAACCUGGACUGCCACGUGGUCAGGCGGAGCGACCACACUUGUCCCACCAGCACGCCGCCUCCUGCCCCGACCCCCUCCCCACCCGUGUCCUCCCCUUCUACCUCCGCAUCUGUCACUCAGCAAGGAUGCCCAAAUGCAGUCCCCCCACGAACGAAAGGCGAAACCUGGGCCAUGCCCAACUGCUCUGAGGCCACCUGCGAGGGCAACGGGGUCAUCACUGUGAAACCACGCCACUGUCCGAAGGUGAAGGAGCCGACCUGCACCAACGGCUACCCCGCUGUGAAGGUGGCCGACCAGGAAGGCUGCUGCUCAAACUACGAGUGCCAGUGCGUGUGCAGCGGCUGGGGCGACCCGCACUACAUCACGUUCGACGGCACAUACUACCCGUUCUUGGACAACUGCACAUACGUGCUGGUGCAGCAGAUCGUGCCUGUGUUCGGGCACUUCCGGGUGCUGGUGGACAAUUACUUCUGCGACUCCGAGGACGGGCUGUCCUGCCCACAGUCCAUCAUCGUCGAGUACCAGCAGGACCGCGUUGUGCUGACCCGCAAGCCCGUCCGAGGGGUGAUGACCAACGAGAUCCUCUUCAACGGCGAGGUGGUCCAACCCGGAUUCCAGGAGGACGGCAUCGUGGUUUCCCAGCUGGGCAUCAGGAUGUACGUGACCGUCCCCGCCCUGGGCGUCCAGAUCAUGUUCAGCGGCCUCAUAUUCUCCGUGAGGGUGCCUUUCAGCACGUUCGCCAACAACACAGAGGGGCAGUGCGGCACCUGCACCAAUGACCAGAAGGAUGAGUGCCGCCUACCUGGGGGGGCGGUGGUGUCCUCCUGCUCUGAUAUGGCUGGCCACUGGAACGUGACAUACCCGGGUCAGCCAUCCUGCCACAGGCCUCCCCUGACGCCCACCACAGUUGAGCCCCGGACCCUGCCCACCUCGUCCCCACCUUCGCCAGUCUGCCAGCUAAUCCUGAGCGAGGUCUUCGAGCCAUGCCACGCGGUGAUCCCCCCGCAGCCUUACUAUCAAGGUUGUCUCUUUGACCACUGCCACAUGCCUGGCACGGACGUGCUGUGCUCCAGCCUGGAGCUGUACGCCGUCCUCUGUGCGUCCCACGGCGUGUGCAUCCACUGGCGGGACCAGACCAACCAUACGUGCUCCUUCACCUGCCCCGCGGACAAGGAGUACCGGUCCUGCGGCCCGUCCAGCCCUUCCUACUGUUACAUGAACGACAGCACCAGUGCCCUGGCCCUCUGGGAGGCCGGGCCCAUCACGGAAGGCUGUUUCUGCCCCGAAGGCACGGUGCUCUUCAGCUCGAGCUCGGAGGUCUGCGUGCCCGCCAACUGCAGCAGUUGCCUGGGGCCCCACGGGGAGCCUGUGGAGCCCGGCCGCACCAUCAGCGUGGACUGUCAGGAGUGCACCUGCGAGGGUAGCAGCCAGGCCAUGAGCUGCCAGGCUCGGCCCUGCCCCCCGCCCCCCGCCUGCCACGCGCCCGGCUUCGUGCCUGUGCCCGCGGCUCUGCAGACCGGCCAGUGCUGUCCCCAGUACAGCUGCGUCUGCAACACCAAGCACUGCCCCACGCCCGUGGACUGUCCGGAAGGCUCCCACUCCACCCUGACCUACGAGGAGGGGGCUUGCUGCCCCACGCAGAACUGCAACUGGACCCUCUGCAGCGUCAACGGCACCUUGUACCAGCCCGGCGCCAUCGUCUCCUCAAACCUGUGCGAAAAGUGUUGGUGCGAUUUGCCCGGCGGCCGCCAGUCGGACACGUUCACGAUCAGCUGUGAGACCCAGACGUGCGGCACCCGCUGCCCCGUGGGCUUCGUGUACCAGCCGCGGAGCGGGCAGUGCUGCGGACAGUGCGUGCAGGUGGCCUGUGUCAUGACCACCAGCGACAGCCCUGCCCAGCUCUUCUACCCCGGCGAGUCCUGGUCAGACCCCGGGAACCACUGUGUGACACACGCGUGUGAGAAGCACCAGGACGGGCUCGUGGUGGUGACCACGAAGAAGGCGUGUGCCCCGCUCAGCUGCUCUGUGGACGAGGCUCGGCUGAGCGAGGACGGCUGCUGCCUCUCCUGCCCCCCCCCCCCACCCCCGUGUCCCUCCCCAGGUUCGACCUGUGCCGUGUACCACAAGCUCCAGGUCCUCCAGCAGCGGGGCUGCAGCUCCACGGGGCCCGUGCGCCUCAGCUACUGCCAGGGCGACUGCGGGGACACCACCUCCAUGUACUCUCUGGAGGCCAACACCAUGGAGCACAAGUGCAGGUGCUGCCAGGAGCUGCGGGUUUCUCUGAGGAACGUGACCCUGCACUGCGAGGACGGCUCCAGCCGGGCCUUCAGCUACACAGAGGUGGACGAGUGUGGCUGUGUGGGCCUGCAGUGCGACUCCCACAGCGGCCUCGGCCACUCAGAGCAGGCGGAGCCGGAGCAGAGCCAGGGGACGGGGCCCAGGCGCCGGAGAAGAGGGGCCCCGGGGCCCCGGCCUCUGCAGUAG